GACGUGGAGUUGCGCAUGCGCACCGAGAGCCUGAAACAAAGUAACAUUCUGCGCGGCUGCAAGACUUUCAUCGAAUCACUUUGUAUCAUUAAAUCACACGACAUCGAUCAUGUUUGAUUCCGACACAAAGUUUGUGUGUGGGAAAGGCUGUGUUUCUGUCGUGUGUCGUGUAAGAUAAGAUUCUGGAGUUCGGGAUGAGUUUGGGUUCGGUUGACCCACUGCUGUGAAUUUGGGUUUGUAGUUCCGGUAGUUCGGGAUGAGUUUGGCUCCAGUGAGCCCGUUGCUGUGGUUCCGAGUGUGUGAUGAGGGGGAUCUGGAGAGCGCGCGGCGGGUUCUGGAGGAUCCGGGCGGAUUCGGUCACGUGGACGGAACCGAUGAGGACGGAAACACGGCGCUGAUGUUCGCGUCCGCCGGAGGACACGAGCAGCUGGUUCGGUUCUUACUGAGGAAAGGCGCUUCAGUGGACAGACGGAACCAUUACGGAUGGACUCCACUAAUGCAGGCGACCAGGUUCGGACAUCUAAACGUGGCUCAUAUCUUGCUGGAGAAUGGCGCUGACAUCAACGCGAGGAACCGGAUGGGUGCCAGCGUGCUCACCAUGGCCGCUCGCGGAGGUCAUGCUCAUGUGGCUAAACUUCUCCUGGAGAACGGCGCUUUGGUGGACGACUUUGACCAUUUGUCAGCAGCUGAGGGCAACGGCAAUGCUAAUAACAAUGUUCGCAGCGACAACGGCAAGACGUUUUUGGAGAUAACGUCGCUACUGGCCGCCGCUCAGCACGGACACGAAGCCGCGGUCCGACUGCUGUUGGAAUGGGGAGCUGAUGUGAACUUCACACAGAAGACCACAGGUUGGAGCGCGCUGAUGCUGGCGGCGGCCGGCGGGAGGGUCAGCGUCACCCAGCAGCUGGUGGAGAGAGGAGCGGAUGCCGAUCAUCUGAACGUGCUGGGGAAGACGGCAUUUGAGGUGGCGCUUCAACUGCUACAUAAAGAGGUGAAGAACUAUCUGGACUCCAUGACCAGCGUAAGGCCACAGCCAGAUGAUGAGAAGAAACGGCCGGAUGUUUUUAACGCACUGAAGUUAGGAAACGCUCAGCUGGUAAAGGAGAUCGUGGAGGAGGACUCGUCUCAGGUGAACGUGUCAAAUGCAGACGGUGCAUCCCCUCUGAUGAUGGCGUCUGUCAGCGGACAGCUGGAGGUCGUCCAGCUGCUGGUGGAGAAAUACGCUGAUGUAGACAAACAGGACUCGGUGCACGGCUGGACGGCGCUCAUGCAGGCCACCUAUCACGGAAAUAAAGAGGUGGUGAAGUUUCUUCUGAAUCAGGGCGCUGAUGUGAACCUGAGAGCUAAGAAUGGAUACACAGCCUUUGACCUCGUGAUGCUCCUGAACGACCCCGAUACGGAGCUGGUGCGUCUGUUGGCGUCUGUGUGUAUGCAGGUGGAUAAAGACAAGAGUAAACAGAGAGGAAGAGCCACUGUGACGAGACGUCCGUCUGUAAGCGUUCCUCUUCAACUUGAUGAGAAAGGAGGCUUGAAGUCGUGGUGGAGCCGGAUGUCCAAUCGCUUCCGUAGACUGAAACUGACUCACACCCUAAGACACGGACUCUCCACCAAUCGGCUCGCUCCUUUUCCUGACGAGCCCGAGGUCCCUCUGGACUCCACCAUGAAAGCAGAGCGCAGUGAUAACGCUGAACCCGAACCCAUCGGAACCGUCACGCCUCCUAGUGGAGCUCCGCCCACUGACAUCAGAACUGCAUGGACGUCCAAGAGUAAAGACGGCGGUUUGAGCAGAACAGCAGGUGAAAAAGACGACUUCCUCAUCACAACGAUGCUGCGGAAUGGAGCUCCUCUCGCUCGGCUGCCCAAUGAGAAGCUGAAGGCCGUGAUCCCGCCCUUUCUGCCUCCGUCCAACUUUGAGCCGUGGAACUCGGAACGUUCUGGGGUGUUGAAGGAGGGCCGCAGCGGACACGUGCCGCAGAGACCCAGUAGAACCAGCUGUGCCAACUCAGAUAUAACAUCCAUCAGUCGAGUGGUCAGCAGGUCCAUUAAGUUUCCCAGCAUCACUAAAGGUCCCUCCCCCUCCAACUCGGCUAAUUAUAACUCUGCCCAUUCAUCAGGCGGUUCCAAUGGAGUGAGCGGAGGUAACCGGCACGCCUCAGACUCCCACCAUCGCUCAGGGGGCAGUGGGGCAGAUAGUGUUUUAACUCAGAUAGCAGCUCAGAGGAAAAGAGCCGCAGGUCUCUUAGACAACAGAACACCUGCAACAGAGACACCCGGCGACAUCACCCACACUGAUGCCAACUCCAGAUGGAAGCUGGAAUCUGUGAAGAAGAGACCUCAGUCAGGAAACUCCUCCACCUCUAAAAGCACAUCACCCACCCUCACACCCUCUCCAUCACCCACCCCCAAACCCCCCGCAGCCGACUCGCUCUCAUCUGCCUCAACACAACCCAGAUCCAAGAGCAGUGGAGGAUCCAGCAGCGGAACCAUCACAGACGAGGAUGAGUUAUCAGGAAUCCUGAGGAAACUUUCCUUGGAGAAAUAUCAGCCCAUCUUUGAGGAGCAGGAGGUGGACAUGGAGGCUUUUUUAACUCUGACUGAUGGAGACUUGAAGGAACUGGGAAUUAAAACAGACGGACCACGACAGCAGAUACUGGCGGCUAUAUCUGAGCUCAAUGCUGGAAAAGGGAGGGAACGACAGAUCUUACAGGAGACCAUCCAUAACUUCCAGUCAUCAUUCGGCAGCAGUGCCAGUAACCCUCGACCCUCUGGAUACCCACACUCGCCAUCGGCUUGGAGCUCCAGCAGAAGAUGAAACGUCUCCUCAACAGCUCAGCUUGUGCGCGUGUGUGUGUGUGUGUGUGUGUGUGUGUGUGUGUGUGUGUGUGUGUGUGUGUGCGCGCGUGCACCAAUGGGUGACAGCAUCAUGAACAUGUGAGCAUGCAUACACGCGCUGUUAUACACUUGUCGUGCAACAGGGGGCGAUACAUCAUCAUCUCAAGCGUCAUGUGAGGUCGCAUCAGGGUAUGAAUGUUUCUGGGGUUUCUGUGGAUCGGGACUGUGUGGUUCAACACGUUCUGUUUGGAUAUAUAAAUGUUAAAUGCAUUGAGUAAGGGAGACGACCAUGGUGUGGUUUAAGGAAGAGAAAUGUUUUACAUUAUGGCUUCAUUUCUUCAUAAACUACAUCAAAGUGAUACGGCCGUGUGUUCUGAACUCUGACUGUGAUGGAGAAAAACAAACCCCUCCUUCAUGAACACUCUUCAGUCUGUCAGUAUUAUUGUUUUGUGUUGAUUUGUAUUUAUGAAGAUCGUCCUGUUUUCAUUUCAGUCAUUCACUGCUGGGAGUCUCGUCUGAUUAAAUGCGUAUUAUUAAAAUAACUAAACAUUACAGUGAUGCAUUUGGCAGACAGUGGAUUUUUUAGUCUUACAUGUCUUUUAUCAGGAUGGGUGUGUUCUUUGCGUCACCAGCGCAGUGCUCUACCAACUGAGCUACAGGAACGUCAAUUUCUCAAGAAAGAAUUUUGGUCUUUUCUGAGCCUUGCAGACACCAUCAUGUUAAAUGCAUUAUUCACCAGAAAAAUCAAGAUUCUCUCAUCAUUUAUUCUCUCUCAUGUGUUUGUAAAUCUGUAUGUGAGGCUUUCUUCAGUGGAAGACAAAAGAAGAUACUUUAAGAAAUGGUUUUGUGUUCAUUCAAUGGAAGUCAAUAGAGUUUAGUGUUGUUUGAUGAUCAACAUUCAUCUAAAAAUCUUCUUUUGUGUUCUGAAGAAGAAACUCGUCACGUGACACGAGGAUGAUUAAAUGAUAAAAGAAUUCUUACUGUUGGCUGAAUUAAGGAGUCUUGAGUGAUCUGAUCAUGAGUGGGCUGCACUAAAUGCUGGUUUAAAGGUCCAGUGUGUAAUUUUUGGGAUGAUCUAUUGACAGAAAUGCAAUAUAAUAUACAUAGCUAUGCCUUCAGAAGUGUAUAAAGAGCUUUUUAUUACCUUAGAAUGAGCUAUUUCUAUCUACAUACACCGCGGGUUCCCUUACACGUAAAUCACCAUGUUCUGUCAGCCGUGGUAGUGUUUGGAACGGGCGGGGGAGGGAGGGGUGGAGUGAGCGCAUGGUUGCAAUUUACAACCUUGCUGCUACAUUUCACUGACUGGACCUUUAAAUGGUUAAAGGUUUUUAGUCAUGAAAUCAGAGACUUUCCACAUUCAGAAUCCAAACACUCCAUGUAAACAUGUCUCUCCUGACCCCUCAGAUCACUGGAACAUUUUCCUAAUAGCAGGUGUAAAGACGACAUGACAGCAGAAUAUUUGAUGUUUUCAGUCAGUGUUUUUUUGGCUCUUUUCCACUGGAUGUUAGAACACAGAGAUGUUUUUUCUCUUCAGUGUUGAGAUGUGAAGAGUCCACCAGCUCACUAAACCACACACCAUGCUGGAACAAAAGCGUUUCAAGCAGUUAUGUCGUAUACUGUGAUGUUAAGAUUCAUCUUUAUAGAAGUUUACAGAAUGCGGCGGCAAGAGUGGUCUUCAAUGAACCAAAGAGAGUGCAUGUCACUCCUCUCUUCACUUAAGUUACAUUGGCUCCCUGUAGUCGCUCGCAUCAAAUUCAAGUCUCUGCUCCUGGCCUACAAGACCACCACUGGUUCAGCACCCCUUACCUUCACUCGCUCAUGCAGACUUAUGUACCCGCCAGAUCCCUAUGCUCUGCAAACGAACGACGUCUUGUGGUGCCAUCCCAAAAAGGUAAAAGAUCUGUCACGUACCUUCUCGGGAUCGGUUCCACAUUUAUGGAAUGAUCUGCCCGCUGCUACAAGAUCGGCAGAUUCUGUGGCCAUCUUUAAGAACCGUCUGAAAACACAUCUCUUCCGUCAACACCUGACCGAUCAGUUCUGACUUCUAUCUCUUUCCUACUCUUUCAACAAAAAAAACUUAUCUCUGUGUACUGUGAUAGGCUAUAUGAGACCAGUUCUCUUUUACUGCACUUAUGCUUUUUGUUGUGCUUAUGUUGUUCCAAUUGCUUCCAAUGUUUCCCUCAUCUGUAAGUCGCUUUGGAUAAAAGCGUAUGCUAAACGACUAAAUGCAAGUGCAAGUUAAACCUCUUGAUAGAGAAAUUUUAACAGAACUGUAAAAUUCAAACCAUUUUAACACACAUUUUAAGAUGGUUGUGAUGUAAUGAGAACAUAUAGUUUAUUUCAAUGUAAAAGUACUUUUUUUAUUAAACAGUCACUUUAUUCAGUAGCAAACAGUACACAAUGUUUUUUUUAUCUAAUUAGAGAAACAUCCUAAGAGCUUUUGCCAGAAAAAAACAACCAAUUACAAUUGCACAAUAAUUCAUAUAAUCUUAUGAUCACAGAAAAAGAACAAAGUCAAAGUGUUUUAUGUGUCGUGCGGGGUUGUGUUUGAUAAAUCCAUCCUUCUAGUGAAAUUAAUGACUUGAAUAAACUUUAGCUCCUGCAGUUAUUCUUGUAACUUUAUCAUUGUGAUGUUAAUUCUGUUUGUUGCACAAAAUCCUGAAAAAUAAGCAGUUUGAACUGAGAGAGAAAUGAGAAAGUGUAUUUAUUGCCUGUGUGAGCUGUGAUUAUCAUACACAUUAUUUCCACACAAUCUGCCGUGUGAGAUUCUCACUGAUGUUGAUAAAUGUUCGCAAACAUGAUGUGAGUUACCGUGUGUCUCCUCCAUUGUGUUCAUGUACAGUGAGAGUCAUCUUUUAAACAUAUUAACAUAUUUAAUGAUGACAGACAUAUCAAAGAACAACUGAGUAAAUAUGAUGUAUAAAAUAAACAGACCGAAAUCUACAAAUCAGUGUUUGGACAGUGAGAAAACAAUGUGGAAAACUAUCUUUAUUCAAAUUGACUUGAUGUUCAUUCAUGUUUUUUGUUGGAUUAUAUUUAGUAGCUACAUGCGAGAUCGUGUGCGUGCGUGCCUUAUGUGUGGGUUAUUAUGGGUUGUAUGUAUCUUUGGUGUGUCAGUGACCAUAUUUGCGUGCACCGACUGAUUGUGUGUCACUACAGAGAGGGAUUAUGGACGAUUAAAAACAGGCUGAUCCUGUAGAGACUAUAAAGUAUGAUUCGCGUCACGAGCCCUUACACACACACAUGUCUGGUUUAUUAUCUCUGUGGGGACAGUCCAUAGGCGUAAUGUUUUUUAUACUGUACAAACUGUAUAUUUUAUCCCCUAAACUUAAAGAUCAUAGAACACAGUGCAUUUUUUUAAAGAUUGUUCUGUACAAUUUAUAAGCUUUUUUUGCCCAUGGAGACACGAGUCCCCAUGUGUUGGUGUGCAUUCAUGUUUAGGUCCCCACCGGGAUAUACAAACACGCACGCACGCGCACGAACACACGUUUUGUUCGCUUCAUGGAUCUUUUCAGUAUGUGAGAAUGUUCAAUAUUUGACCCGUGACAGGUAAAGACGAGCGCUGUAUAGGGGUCGCGGGUUUGAUUUGAAAGAAACAACACGACAUACAUUAGCCUAACGUUACUUUAAAAUUGACGUAGUGUUUAUUCAUUUCAUUUCGUGUGGUUUAACAGAGAAUAGCGCGUCAGAGAAAACUUCAUAAGGUAUAACUUCAGUCGAAUCAUUUAAACAUUGCAGCUAAAGCUAUUUCAGCUUUUAUUCAGAAAUUGUCAACGUUUACAUUUUUUACCACGUUUCUGUCCUUUAUGUUCGAGAUUCGCUGUAACACAUCCCGGCGCUGAAGUCGACACGACGACUUCGGUCAGUUUGUUCUCUGGAAUCAUUUCCGCUUCGCAUCGUGUAAUGUUGAAUCUUCAGUCCGAUGUCUUUCAUUACAUCCACUGCAAUGUUAAACUUAAGUUUUAUUCCGUAAAAAUCUAUCUGGUUCUGGUAUUCCGAACAUCAUCUGGUGCGCGCGCGUCUGAUCACUCCCUUCAGUGCGUGUAUGAGAGUGUGUGUGCACGCGCGCGGCUCAGAAUCGCGUGCGAAGAGGCCGGCGUGUCAGUCAGUGGAAUCUGCCACCUGAAACACAGUAUAAAACACACACACACACACACACACACACACUGAAUCCCGCUGCAUUUGCUCCGCUUCAUGACACAGAUCACACAUCAGGUACUUUAUAUUCAUUCAUCAAUGCAUGAGCUGCAGAAGAAUCAUUCGUCUCUUUUACUGCUUUAUUUAAACGGACAUAAGUUCUACCUCUGGCCGUCAAUAUGAUUCCACCUGGAGAUUGUUUGUACGCCGGGAGGAAGCGAAGGAAACCCAUUCAAAAACACAGGAAACCAGUGGCAGUGACUGAAAAAUCCAAUCCAUCCAAACGGCACCGUGAGCGUCUGAACGCUGAGCUGGACCGCUUGGCGAGUUUGUUGCCCUUCUCGCCUGACAUCAUCUCCAAACUGGACAAACUUUCAGUUCUCCGUCUGAGCGUCAGUUACCUGCGGGUCAAGAGCUUCUUCAACGGUAAGACACUUACACUCGGCCUGAGGUUACUGCUUUGAGUUAAACGUCUCCUGAUGAUAAAACGAACCUUCUUUAGUAGCUGAUCUCAGCACAGUUAGUCAUCUGUAGCUUCACUUCAAAUCACGAAGGUGGAAAGAUGCAUUUGAACAUCAUUGUGGGAUAAGAAGAUUGGAGUCUUGAGGUUAGCGCUAAACUAAGAUCAGUCUUCUUUAAGCGCUGUACGAAACAUCAUCUCGAGGUCAUGAAUAAUGUUAUAUUCUCACGUGAUCGUGCUUGAAAUGCUCAGAUCUUUUAGUCGGCUUCAGAGCUUUGUCUUUACGAAGGGUGAAUUGACCGACGGUCUGCUGCUCUUUCUGUCUGAAAGAUUCUGGUGAAUAUUUGCUGUCAUGAUGGAUGUCUAACACACACACGCACACACACACACGAUCGAGCGCACGUCAUGUGCUGCUGUUUUUUAGAUUUGGUUUGACAGAAUAAAUGGAGCGGGUGUGAAGAGAUUACGCUACUGUUGUGUUUCUCUCUGUGCAUGUUGCUGUAUUUGCAUCUGAAUGGUGCAUAUAGGCUGUCAAUGUGCAGCUCUUCUUCACUAUGUGUACAGUGUUUUGUUUCUAUUCAUGGACUUGUUGCAAAAAGAAAGUUUCAGAAGAUUUAUGAAGACAUUCGAGUCUUAAACAAUGAACAUGACUUAAUAUCAGUUUACUCGAGACGAGACAUUUUUAUACUCAUGUAGACUGUAAAUCAUUAAAACCGAUGUGAAAUGUAAACGUUAUUGUGCUUUUUAGUCACUUAUUCACCUUUUGUUUAUGGACAGUCUUGUCCUCGCCAAUAUGGCAGCACGGUUGUCCCAGUACAGCAACAUGCCAAAGCCCUCAACGCGGUGUCUAUAUGUGUCUGCGACUGCAUGCACCUUUUGCUAACACACUUCUGAAAUGACCCUUUGUGAAGAGAGACAGAUGUUCACUGCUUCUUACACACGUCAUUUUCCACAAAAACACAGUUCUGAAUUUGACCAAAAUGUCCUUGAAAGUCCUUGAAUUUGGUGUUGAGUAAAGUGUGGGAACCCUGUUUAUGGCAUGAUAAAUGUCAGGUGUGAUCUUUUCUCAUCACCUCUCUCCGUGAGAAUUCAUUGUGUGUCUCAGAUAUCUACAGUUAGUCCAUCAUCUGCAACUGAACCUUUAAAGACAUCAGCACUCGCUCUCUCAAUUUAUCAGCUCCGUUUGUCAGAUUAAGGUCUUAACAGGCCAGAAGAGGUUUUGUGUUUUCACUCUAACCCAUACAGUACUUUUAGAAAUGAGGUGUAGACUUAGUCCUGGGGCUGAAAUAUACAAUAAACAGUUAUGAGUUAUGAUGUGAAACACAUGACAUGAGCUCCUCUGAAAUGUGACAUUUCAAUCUGUUUGUGUAUUGUGAUGAAUUCUUUUCAUCAAAUUCUCCAGCGUU